AUGAUCAUUAAGCGUAGUAUGAAAUCUGAAAUUCCAAAGCGGAAACUGUUCGAGUCAGAAAAAAGCGGGAAUUGGAGGAUUCAGAAGAAGUCGAAAGUAAACGGGGUUUAUUCUGCUGAUGGGGUCUCUGGAUCCAGUGAGGCACUGUCCAAUUCAAAUUCCGUGUACUCAAAUGACAAAAUUCGAGACUUACCCCAACAAUCAGAAGAAGGUGCUUGUGUCAUUCAACCCCAGUCUUCUAGAGGUCGAGUCAAGAAGCUUCCUUGCAGGUUCAAUGAUUCAGUUCUUUAUGAACGGGUCCGAUCUGAAGACGAGAAUAGGAGUGUUUCACAAGUCAUUGCUGCCAAGUGUAAUGAAAGAGAUUCUACUUGUUUUCCUUUCUCUGCUGAGUUAAUAGAUUCUGAGUACUCGGUUAAGAUGAUUAAAAAGACUGUUAAUGGUUGUCGUUCGAUGUUUGUUAAAGAAAAUAAUAAUGAUGAGCCUGGACUAAGUUGUGAUGCUGAGGGUGUGAAUGGAAGAGGUAAAAGGAGGAAGGACGUUUACAGAUUGGAGGAUUUUUGUUUGGGGGAUAUAGUUUGGGCAAAAUGUGGGAAGAGUCAUCCUGCUUGGCCUGCUGUAGUCAUUGAUCCUUUCUUGCGAGCUCCACAAUCAGUCAUAAGCUAUUGUGUUCCUGAGAAUGAUGAUGGGCAGGACUAUGCGUGGGUGAAGCAGGGGAUGAUAUUCCCCUUCUGGGAAUUCAUGGACAGGUACGUGUAUGUUGCAGUUGUUUCUGCAAGCGUGUUUGGUAUUUGCUUACUAAAAUUGCCUUUGUUCAGAUUCCAGGGGCAGAUCAGAUUCUACAAAAGUAAAGCAAUUGACUUUCACAAGGCAAUGGAGGAGGCAAUGUUGGCCGAAGAUGGCAUUUUGGACUUACACUUGGAAGCUGACCAAAAUGUGGAGGGUGCGGAUUCCCGUGUCGGCCACCGUUAUUCCUAUCAAGACCAGGGUACAAUAUCUUGUGCUGGCUGUGGUUUGAUGUUGCCAUGCAAAACCGUGAAGAAGAUUAAAGAUCCAAGUUCUGUUCCUCAGCACUAUUGCAAGCCUUGUUCAAAGUUAAUAAAAUCGAAACAAUAUUGUGGCAUUUGCAAAAAGAUUUGGCACCAUUCAGAUGGUGGGAAUUGGGUGAGAUUGUCUACUUUCUCAAUGUAUGUUGUGAUUGUUGCAAUGUUUGGGUUCAUGCGGAGUGUGACAAAAUUUCUAGUAAACUUUUCAAGAAGACUGAUUAGUUUAAUUGAUGAAGGAUCUGGAAAAUAUGGAUUACUAUUGCCCCGAUUGCAAGGGAAAAUUCCUUCAUCAAUGGAGAAUAACAGAAAACUUGUCUUACCUGAAAAUCUUGCGGUGGUAUGCAAUGGCAUGGAAGGAAUCUAUAUUCCAAAGCUUCAUUUGGUUAUGUGCAAUUGCGGCUUGUGUGGUUCACGGAAGCAUACACUUACUGAAUGGGAAAGACAUGCAGGUUGCAAAGCCAAAAAAUGGAAACAUAGUGUGAAAGUAGAAAGCACAAUGCAACCGCUAAUAAAUUGGAUGCCAAAUGGCUGUCCACCAAGAAUGCUAUGGGGCAAAGAAUGUUCAGGACUUUACUUCCUGGGUGGGGCUCUGAAGCCAACUGAUGUUGAGAUGUUGUGGGUUCAUGUCGCUUGCGCUUGGUUUCAGCCUGCAGUUCUUUUCCAAAACCAUGAGGCAAUGGAACCGGCCACUGGAAUCCUUAAGAUUCCUCGUAAUUCCUUUUCGAAGUUGCAUUCCAUAGAAAAGAAUGGGGCUACAACAACGAAGACACUAAUAUACUGUGCAACUCACAGAAUGUUCAUAGCUAAGCAAGGUCAUUUUAGGGUCCCAAACCUAGAUUCAGGACUGGUUGUACAUACACCCAUGGAGGUAUUUUCACCGACAAUUUCGCUUCAAAAUCACCCACGGUGCUUCAGGGGAUCAAGGCUGGCUUCAUCAAAGAAUGUAGAACUUCUUGAACCAUCAAACUCUGAAAUUCAUGAGAUUGAUCCUCUGUCUGCUGCCCGCUGUCGUGUGUACAUAAGGUCUUCCAAUAAGAAGAAUGUUGCGCCUUCAAUUCACUUGCUUGGGGGGCCAAAGAUUCAUUCUUUAAGUGAAAUAACUCAAUUGAAUGGCAACAAGGAUGCUCAAGCUCGAGAGUUUUCUUCUCUUAAGGAACGUAUUAACCAUUUACGGAAGACAGAAAAUCAAAGGGUUUGCUUAGGAAAAUCAGGAAUUCAUGGAUGGGGCCUCUUUGCUCGUAGAGAUUUACAAGAAGGAGAAAUGGUUGUUGAAUAUCGUGGUGAACAGGUACGACGUAGUAUUGCUGACCUAAGGGAAGCAAAGUAUCGUUCAGAAGGCAAAGAUUGUUAUUUGUUCAAGAUCAGUGAUGAAGUGAUGAUUGACGCAACGGAUAAGGGCAAUAUGGCACGUAUAAUAAACCAUUCUUGCAUGCCAAACUGCUUUGCAAGGAUUAUGUGCUUGAGGGGUGAGGAGAAUCGGAUUGUUCUUAUUGCGAAGACCAAUGUUUCAGCUGGUGAAGAACUAACGUACGAUGAGCCGGAUGAACUGAAGUCAGAAUGCCCCUUUAACCAUGCACGAGAAGUGGUCGAAGAUGAGGAAGUAGAUGCAGUUUCAGCCAAAAAUAGAGAAAGAUGCAGGAAAAGAAGGAGUGUGAUUGCGCAAAAUAUGGUUGGACGCUAA